AUGAGACACCAGCAGAGCCUCACCAUGAGACAAAAGCACGGUUUCACCAUGAGACACCAGCACAGCCUCACCAUGAGACACCAGCACGGAUUCACCAUGAGACACCAGCAGAGCCUUAUCAUGAGACACCAGCACAGCCUCACCAUGAGACACAAGCACAGCCUCACCAUGAGACACCAGCACAGCCUCACCAGGAGAUACCAGCACAGCCGCACCAUGAGACACCAGCAGAGCCUCACCAGGAGAUACCAGCACAGCCGCACCAUGAGACACCAGCAGAGCCUCACCAUGAGACACCAGCACAGCGUCACCAUGAGACACCAGCAGAGCCUCACCAUGAGACACCAGCAGAGCCUCACCAUGAGACACCAGCACAGCCUCACCAUGAGACACCAGCAGAGCCUCACCAUGAGACACCAGCACAGCCUCACCAUGAGACACCAGCACAGCCUCACCAUGAGACACCAGCACGGAUUCACCAUGAGACACCAGCAGAGCCUCAUCAUGAGACACCAGCACAGCCUCACCAUGAGACACCAGCAGAGCCUCACCAUGAGACACCAGCAGAGCCUCACCAUGAGACACCAGCACAGCCUCACAAUGAGACACCAGCACGGAUUCACCAUGAGACACCAGCACAGCCUCACCAUGAGACACCAGCACAGCCUCACCAUGAGACACCAGCACAGCCUCACCAUGAGACACCAGCACAGCCGCACCAUCAGACACCAGCAGAGCCUCACCAUGAGACACCAGCACAGCGUCACCAUGAGACACCAGCACAGCCUCACCAUGAGACACCAGCACGGAUUCACCAUGAGACACCAGCACAGCCUCACCAUGAGACACCAGCACAGCCUCACCAUGAGACACCAGCACAGCCGCACCAUGAGACACACCAGCACAGCGUCACCAUGA